AUGUGCACCACUCUCCCCAAAAGUGGUUCCCCUUUCGGCCCCGGUGCCACCAGCCUGGGGCUGCACGUCUGGCGGGUGGAGCAGCUGCGGCCAGUGCAGGUCCCCGAGGCAACCCUGGGCGUUUUGUUCUCGGGGGACACGUACGUGGUGCUGCACAACGGGCUCGAGGAGCAAGCCCACCUCCACCUGUGGGUGGGCUGGGACUCCCCGCAGGACUAGCGGGGUGCCUGUGCCCUCCUCUCCACCCAGCUGAGCUCGCAGCUGGGCGAGCGCGUCACCCACCGCGAGGUUCAGGGCAACGAGUCCGACCUCGGCAUGGACUGCUUCCCCCGCGGCCUCACCUACCGGUUUUGGAGCGUGGCCUCAGCCUUCACGUGUGCCCAGCCUAGUCCCGGUCCUGUGCCCAAACUCUACCACAUGAAGGGCAAGGGGAAGAUUUGGGUGAGCCAGCGGGACCUGUCCUGGGCCAGCUUCAACACUGGUGACUGCUUCCUCCUCGACCUGGGACAGAGGGGUUGGAGGGCGCCUGACCCCACUACCCUCGUUGUCGGGUGUGGGGCCCGAAGCAAUGUCCUGGAGCACAGCAGGAUGCAGGAGCUGGCUGCUGCCAGUCAGGACAGUGAGCGCAGUGGCAAAGCACACCUGGAGAUUGUGGCUGAUGGCAAGGAACCACCUGAGCUGGUCCAGGUGCUAGGCCCCAAGCCCUCCUUGCAGGAGGGCAGCCCUGAGGAGGACAUGGUGGCUGACCAGAGUAACACACAGGGGCAGCUGUCCUCUACAAGGCAAGGACAUGUUAGGCGCAUGGACCUGACCCAGGUGGCCACCAGCCUGUUCUGCCCUGAUGACUGCUUCGUGCUGGACAAUGGCACUGGUGGGAUGGUCUUCAUCUGGAAAGUCCCUGCACCCCCAAUAUCCCCAGUGUCCUCAAACCACCAGUGCCACCAGCUAUAG